AUGCGCACGAAUAUUCGCACCUUUGUAGAGUUCCUGAUUUUCAGCAGGGUUCCGGUGAAGUUCAACGUGCACGAUCUCAAGCCACUGGCUGAUAUAAAGACGCUCCUGCGUCGUUCACUUCUGUUGGUCACCGCAUUAUUUGCAUUGUCUGCUGCUGCAGCGGAAUUUGAAUUUGAAAGUGGCGACAGUUGGCUCGAGGAAGAAGAUACCUUUCUGAAGGUUGACGAAGCGUUUGCGCUGACCGCAGAACUGGACAGCAACGGUGCCUUUGUUGCGCGCUGGGAGAUGCCUGAUGGGUAUUAUCUGUAUCGCCAUCAGUUUUCGUUUGAAGCGAAAGACAACAGCCGCCUGACGCUUGGUGAGCCCGCGAUCCCAGACGGAAAACGUAAAGUUGAUGAUUUUUUUGGCGAAGUGGAAGUCUAUUACCACAAUGCCGAAAUAGUCCUGCCCCUGGAAGCCCAGCCCGGCGUAAAUACACAGAUUGGCGUUAACUAUCAGGGGUGUGCAGAUGCGGGGCUGUGUUAUCCGCCGGAAACAAAAUGGUUUGCCUAUGACGGCAUGCGCCUUAUUUCUGCGUCAUUGUCGACGACUGCAGGCGCGAUAGCGGCAAGUGCAGACAACAUUGUCGAUGCGCAGACAGCUGAAGUGACAACCUCCACCUCUGGUGUGGCCGACACAGAAGAACAACUGUUAGCAGGCAUUCUUGCCAGUGAAAGUCUCUGGUACGCCCUGGCGCUGUUUUUCAUUGCGGGUAUCGGUCUUGCGUUUACCCCUUGUGUACUGCCGAUGGUGCCUAUUCUCUCCAGCAUCAUUGUUGGUGAAGGUGACGACAUUUCGAAGCGCAAGGCGUUUACCCUGUCCUUUGCGUAUGUGCUGGGCAUGGCGUCGACUUACGCUCUGGUAGGCACUUUGGUUGGUCUGUUCGGGGCGGAGCUUAAUCUGCAGGCAGCGCUGCAAUCCCCCGGUGUGCUGAUCUUUUUUGCCCUGGUUUUUGUUCUGCUGUCGCUGUCUAUGUUUGGUUUUUAUGAGCUGCAGUUGCCCCAGGGUCUGCAGAAUCGACUAAACGCCAUGGGGCAGAAGCAACAAGGCGGCAAACAUGUCUCGGUGAUGGUCAUGGGGUCGCUGUCUUCACUGGUAGUAUCCCCUUGCGUUUCUGCACCGCUGGCGGGGGCGCUGAUUUAUAUCUCUACGUCCAAUGACGCAGUUUUAGGCGGUACCGCACUGCUUGCCCUCGGUCUGGGUAUGGGUGUGCCGCUGAUGAUUGUUGGCGGCAGCGGCGGACACUGGCUGCCGCGUGCAGGCGCCUGGAUGAAUGGCGUCAAAGCUGUAUUUGGUGUUGGCCUGCUGGCCGUUGCCGUCUGGUUGCUGGAACGGGUUGUGCCACCGGCUGUCACCCUUGUGUUGUGGGCGGCGUUGCUGAUCGGUAGCGGGGUUUAUCUGGGCGUGCUCGAUUUCUCUCCUCGACAAGGUUUUGCCCAGCUGGGCAAAGCGGCAGGCUCGUUAGGAUUCAUGUGGGGCGUUUUGCUGCUGAUUGGCGCAGCCAGCGGUGCACACGACCCGCUGAAACCGUUGGCCAAAUUAUCUGGCGGGGGUGUCAGUGUGGGCGGUGUUGCGGUCCAUGCAGAGCCUCAGUGGCAAGCGGUUAAAAGUCUUGCGGAUGUAAAGGCGCAGAUUGCCGUGAGCAACAAGCCGGUGAUCCUCGACCUUUACGCUGACUGGUGUAUUUCCUGCAAAGUUAUGGAGCGCAAUGUCUUUCCUGAAGCCGCAGUGGCUGCUCGACUCAACCAGUUCACUCUGCUGCGUGCGGAUGUGACUGACAACGACGCGAUAGAUCGUGAGUUGCUGAAUUACUACGGCCUCUUUGGCCCGCCCAGUCUGGUCUUUUUCGAAGGAGAAGGCGGUGAGUUAACAGAUGUUCGUAUCCAGGGUGAGGUCAAUGCGGAAACGCUGGCUGCUCAUCUCGGUGCGGUUUUAGCUUCUCUAAAUGCAGGAAGACUUGGUAACGUCGGCGAAAUAGCAGCCAUUUCCGGCUAA